AUGAAGAGCUUUGCUGAUGCAAUUGUCAUCAUUAAUAAGAAUAGAGAAAACCAGAUCUUAGGUCUGCAGCAGAAGAUUGAACAUUUACACAGACAGAUGACUAUACUGAAUCUGAAGAUCUCAUCACAAUCAUUCACAACCUCUUCAGAAGUGUACACAUCAUCAGAGAUCACUGUAUAG